GCCAUAUGACUGAGUCAAGCUCAGUUUUUAGUUUGUAGCCGAGUUGAGAUAAGGCUUUCUGGGAAACACAGCCUGGUUGGACGGCAUUCCAUUUAGAAAUAGCCAUGUCUGCUCAGCAGCUGGGACUUUCUUUGACACCCUGAGAAACUUGGAUACAACAGUUUGUAAGAUGACCCUGAUGGCCAUGUCUGCCCCCCGGUCGUCUGUGUUUACAUUCGAGUCUACAUUGCAUUCCUCCCAUGUGCUGCGCUGCCUGGACGAGCAGCGUUGCCGGGAUGUGUUGUGUGAUGUUACGGUGGUGGUGGAGGGUCAGAGCUUCAGAGCACACAGCUCCGUACUUGCUUCCUGUAGCGAGUACUUCGCCCAGAGGAUCUCGUCUUCCCUCACUCAGCGCGGAACCGUGAUAAUUCUGCCACAAGAGGUGACAGUUGCUGGCUUUGAGCCAUUGCUGAAGUUUGCCUACACAUCCAAACUGCACCUUGGAAAAGACAAUGCCUUAGAAAUACGAAACUCAGCUUCCAUUCUUGGUUUCAGAGACCUAGACGAGGCCUGCUUUGAUUUCCUCCUCCCGAAGUUCCUCAACAAGGCCCAGAAAAAGAGAUGCAAGAGCCAGUUAUCAAAAGAAAAAUGUGGCACAGACACUGACGAUGUAUUCUUGGAUGAGAAAGAAGUAAAACCAGUGGCUGACUCACCACCUCCACAGGAAGUGGCUUGGGACUGUAACAAAUCUGUGAAGAACAAAAUGGGAAGUCAGAACAGCACAGACACUGUUACACCUGUAGCUGAAGGAACAAAGGAGCAUUUUGUGCAGUGUCCAAAGUAUCGAAAGUUCCAACUAGCUUGUGGGAAGGAAGCUUGUGUCCCAGAGAAAAGUCUAUCUGCUUCUGUGAAGGCAACUGGGGGCGACUCUGUUCUCUCCUGCUCCAGCAGGGCAAACAGUAAGAAUGAAACUGACGUUGAAUUCUAUGACAUCUCAAAUGCCUGCAGACAGAGCAAAGGAGUGGCUGAUGACCCACAGAAAACUGAAAUACACGUCAGGGAAACAGAGAAUUGUGUGGGCAGAAUGGAAGUUGAUAUGGUUAAGAAAGACACAAACGACAGACAGGGAAAAUGGGAUGAGAAGGUGAGAGAGAACGGUGCUGCAAAGAUGGAAGAAGAGAUGAAGCUUGUCAGUGGAAUCAGAUCUUCAGACAUAACCAGUGUGAAAGCAGUCUGCUCAGAACCAAGCACAAGGCCUAGUGACAUGUCAGCAGGGUUAAUAUUGAACCAUUGCCCUCAGAGGGCCUUAAAUGAGGGCCCAGCCAUCACUAGUUCACUGGAGCACGAGCAGUUUGUCGUGGACUUUAAAGAAGACAAGAAAGCAAAGGACCCUGAUGUGUCAGUCCUUUUUCACAGAAAGGCAGAGGAAGAAAAAGAACUUGGGGGUAAAGAGACCAACAAGGCUUGGCAAAGAGGGAAAAGAGGACCAACAGGCACUAUGGAAGGAGUGACCCUGUCAUUAAAUACUACCAGAGAAAGUGAGGCGCUUGAGCACAUGAACUUCCAGGACUCUGAAGCAGGAUGUUCUUCUGAUGCAGGGAGCAGAUGGGCACAGAGCACAUCUUCAGAUUGGCUGAAGCGGCACAGCAACCUCAGCUCCACAGAAACCAACUGCCCCUUUUUGCAGGAUCUGGACCAAAGGAAAUGUUUACCAAGGCUGUCUGAGUGUGAGGGGGCAUCUCAGUCAGGUCUUUCCUCCCUAAACUCAGGGGAGGAUGGAGACUCAGGGACAGAAACGGAGGGAGACAGCGAGUCCUCCACCAGGGAGAGAGCGAGGCAGAUGCAGUUGCCCUAUCCUGUAGACUGGAUAGUGGAUCUGAGUCGAAAUGACUUCCAGCAGCUGCUGAAACAACGGGUCUUUACACGCGAACAGCUGGACUUUGUUCAUGAUAUGAGGAGGCGCAGCAAAAACCGUCUCGCAGCUCAGAGAUGCCGCAAGAGAAAGCUAGACUGCAUAUAUAAUCUGCAGUGUGAAAUCAACAAGCUGAAGACAGAGAGGGAGAAGCUGAUCGUGGAGAAGAGCCAGCUAAGCCAGCUGAAGAUGAAAACAUGUCACAGUGUCUCUGCCUUAUGCCAGAAGGUCUGCAACGAAGCAAAUCUACAGCCAGAGCAGCUUCAGGUGCUAUCCAAAUACACCUCCCCAGACUGCCCUCUGUCCUCCUUCUUUUCUAACAUAGACACACUUCUUUCACAGCAUGGGAUGCCUCUCCAACCCCAGGGAUCGCUCUCGGUCUGUUCUGUGGACCUUGAUAAGUAUAUGGCAUCUGAGGAGGCUCCGUCCAGCUCCGGCAGGAACACACUCACAGGACAUCAUCCACUUUAGAUAUAUCUCCAGCACACAUGCUGUGUCAAAACCCACAGGAACUUUGUGCCUGGGGUUAGGAUUUCGAACUGCACUGUUGCUCGUAUCAUACAGGAUUUCUGGACAUUACGAUGCAGCCCGAGUACAGGCUACAGUAUAAAGCCUUGACACAAGAUCUCAUCACCAUGUACCAAUGCAUUUACAAUGAGAAGGCCGUAAUCAGCAGAUGUUUUAAUUUGCUUGCUACCUUUUCAAUUUAAGAUUUAUAGUGAGGGGUCGGAAAUGCAUUUCUGAUGUUCAAAACCAUUUAUUUUACCUUUCCCCUGAUUACAAAUCUUCUACAGAGUUCUGCAGCAAAUGUUUUUAGCAUUACAAAUGGCUUAUUACAGUUUGUUAUCUAUUUUAGGGGGAAACAAAUCUGCACACUUUGAGAAUGUUAUAAUUUUGACAAUGACAAAUUCAUAGGUUUGAAUCAAAGAGAACAAUGUUUUUUAUAACUAACAUAUUUCACUGCUUGAUUACCUCAGGAUAACUAAAAAAUUAAUCCUUAUAUGUAUAUUAAUUGCUUUAAAAAGCAUUUUAUAUGGUUUGAUAUCGAACAAUUCUCAGGAAUUUGGAUCAAGCAUGUUCCUGUAAACAGGAAGAUUGAGCAUACAUUACCUCUUGCAGACAGUGUUUGUUCUGCCUCUCUCCAACAGAGUGCAACACACCACAGCAUUUUGCACCAAAACCACACAACUCAACUUGACAAAGUGUGCCGUGUUUACCUUUUGGUUUAAUGUCUGGCUCUCUUUUGUUUCUUUUCUGACUGUCAUUGUGGUCUCUUCUUUUCAGCUGAUCACAGUGACGCAGCUCUUUUAAGUUGCACACACCUCAGAGUUUUGUUUUGACUCACUAAAACAGACCUCACAAAUUAACUUAAAUAUAUAUAUAAUAGUCCUGUCUAAAGAAACUGCACUUUAGCAAAGUUUUAAUCCAUGAACAAAGCACAAGUUUAGGAGAAAAGCUGUCUUUAAUGGAAAUUUUUUUGAAAACUCCAGACUGCUGGACUUUUCUAACUUUUAUUGGAUGGAAAUAGUGCAUGCUGUCCACAAACUUGUUAUCUUAAUUACCUUUAUCUAAAUUGCUGACCAAGGACCAAGUAAACAAGUCCCUUUUGGAUGUAGUGCAAGCAGAAUUAUGCUCAUAUUGUGUGCCUGCUGUACCUGUACCUGUUUUCUAUUUGCUUUGUGCAUUCUAAUCAUUACUCUAUAUUUUUUGUUGCAGGUUUUAAGUUGACUUUUGCCUUUUUUAUAAACUCUGCUUCUUGUAAAUAUUUGACACUCAGGACUCUUUACAGAAAACCAGCUUUGCAACUUCUAUCCUUGACUCCCCUGAUCAACCUUUGCUGUAUUUUAUGUUCACUUAUUUAUACAGGUGUUUUCAGUCAUCAUAAUCAUCCCAGUGCAGAUGGUCUUUAAAUAAUUUGUGUAAAUAUGAAAUGAUUUUGUGAUUUAGAUUUUAUGACAAAAUGCUCACCACAUUUUAUUUUUAAUAACACUGGCCUUUGAGGGAGCUGAGUUGUCUAGUUGUGGUUAAUGACAAAAGAAUGUUCAAUCCCCCACUAAGCUGACUGCAGGGUGCAUCUAUUUGAUAUCACUGGUGCUUAUUGCCCUCUAGUGGCAGUGCAUGCACAGUCAGGCAACUGACAGCAUGCUGUGUGUACUGCUGUGUACAAUACACAAAAAAAGCUUUU